AUAAAGUCUGUUGAAUUUGUCAACAUAGUGAAAUUAAAAAGAGGUUUUUAACUGAGGUCAGAGGCGGGACGCGUUUUACAGGUCGCAGUUAAAUAUAAAACGACAGUGAAAAAAAGUCUUGUUUGGAGUCUGGACUGGGUCAAUGCCAAUUUUCCUCGAAGAUAAAGAUGAUACUGUUUGCAAUUUGGUUAAUUUGGUUCAUAUAUUCAAUAAAUGUUCAGCUGAUUUUAUAGCCAUUCCACGAUAUUGUACGUUUAUAAGGCAGAGCAGAGGAUAGCGUAUUCAUUGUUUGGAUCUGAUAACUGGUGGCGUUAACAGGCAUUGAACGAAGAACAGAGAAAAUUCCCUAUCGACCUAGGUUUGCACUAUUUUUGAUGUGGGCAUUCUGUAAUUCUUGAUUUGCAUCCGCAACGCAUUUCAGAAAACUCCAAAACCAUUUGGGUUUUAUUAUCCUGGACGUGAAAUGGAUUGAAUUCAACUUUGAUUGUAUCUCAUCUGCCAUUUAUGACAUAUUAUGAGAUUAAGAGGGAAAAUGUUUGAAUUGUAUUGAAUUUUCACAUUGGUUGUGGAUGUUCACAGACGUUGGGAAUACAGUUUGUAAGGAUUAUUCAAGGAUUUGUGACUCCACAAAGGAUUCAGGUUGGGGGCAUAUAUAUGUGCGUGUAUCUGUAGGGGUGGAGGGGGAUUGAGAGAUGAAAUUAUAUGUUUAUGUGCAGGAAGCCAGGGGCUUGCCGGCGAAGGACUUGAAUGGAUUCAGUGAUCCUUAUGUUAGGAUACAACUUGGGAAAAGUAAAGCUCGGACGAGAGUGAUUAGGAAGACUCUUGAUCCUUCCUGGAAUGAAGAAUUCACCUUUAAAGUUGAAGAUCUUAGUGAGCAGUUGGUUAUCUCUGUAUGGGAUGAUGAUAGGUUCUUUAAUGAUGAUUUUCUGGGACAGAUGAAGAUGCCUGUUUCAAAGGUGUUCGAUGCUGAGAAACAAACUAUACCACUUACUUGGUUCCCUUUGAAAGCCCGAGCCAGCAAGACAAAGAGUAAAGUAUUUGGUGAGAUUCUCCUGACCAUUGCCCUUUAUGGUAGAGAGAAUUAUAACAGGUUUCUUCAUCAAGAUGCUGGGUUGCACAGGAAUUUAAAUGGAGAUAAUUCAAUCUUGAGGGAGUCACUAGAACUAACAGAUUCUCCUGCCAGAAAUUCAGAUGUUUCAAGCUCUUCCUAUGGAUCCGGAAUGUUAGAAGAAGGAGCACAUGUAAAGGAAGACAAAUCAAAUAUUCAGUCAUUUGCAGGCAAAAUUAUUUCAAUUUUCACAAACAAAAUUGCAGACAAUGUCCAAAAAAGUGCAGAAACUCCCAGCCAAGAAGACAAUAAUUCUGAAGAGUCAGAUGUUUCAGAAAAAUACUGUGACUGUGAGGACACUAUAGAGGAGGAAGCAUCAGAUGAGUAUUUUGAAGAAGGAUUUGAUAGCACAGAAGUGGGCAAACAAGAAAUUCCUAGUCCAUUGCCAGGGGGAAUUCUGCUAGAUCAGUCUUACAACACUAGUCCUAGAACUCUAAAUUCUAUUCUCUUUGGUCCUAAAAGCCAGUUCAAGCGUGAUUUAACACAACUGGAGGGAACAACUAACUAUGUUGAGGGACCCUGGAGAAAAGCACCAGGUGAACCUAUGAAAAGAGUGGUAACAUAUAUCAAAGCAGCAACAAAAUUGGUGAAGGCUGUUAAAGCUACAGAAGAACAUACUUAUCUAAGGGCAGAUGGCAAGGUAUUUAUUGUUUUAGAAAGUGUAAGCACACCAGAUGUUCCUUACGGGAGUUCAUUCAGAGUAGAAUUGCUUUUCUGCAUAACUCCAGGUCCUGAGUUACCUUCAGGAGAAGAGACUUCCCAUCUUUCCAUCUCGUGGAGAAUUAAUUUCCUUCAGAGUACAAUAAUGAGAGGUAUGAUUGAAAGUGGAGCGAGACAAGGACUGAAGGAUAGCUUCCAGCAGUACGCCCAGUUGCUUUCCCAGAAUGUUACUCCUCUGAAUUCGGCAUUGCUAUCAUCUGACAGUGAUCUACCAAAACUAGAUUUGCAGACAGAUCCUCAGCCUGACUGGAAGCUUGUUGUUAGCUACAUUGGGGUCUACACCUUAGCAUCCACAUUGCUUGCAGUUGUGUAUGUCCUUUUGCAUAUCUUUUUUACCAGUCCGAGCACAAUGCAGGGUCUUGAAUUUGGUGGCCUAGACUUGCCAGAUUCUUUUGGUGAAGUGCUGACAUGUGGAUUGAUUGUUCUUCAAGUUGAACGUGUGCUGAAAAUGAUCUCACAUUUUAUGCAUGCCAGGUUUCAAAAAGCUGGUGACCAUGGAAUCAAAGCACAAGGAGAUGGGUGGCUACUAACUGUAGCUCUGGUUGAAGGAAAGAGUUUGGCUGCCGUGGAUGCUACUGGUUAUUCAGAUCCAUAUGUGAUAUUUACCUGCAAUGGGAAAACCAGAACAAGUUCAAUCAAACUGCAGACAUUGGAUCCUCAGUGGCAUGAAAUAUUUGAGUAUGAUGCAACAGAAGAGCCUCCUUCUGUGAUGGAUGUGGAAGUCUUCGACUUUGAAGGGCCUUUUGCCGAGGCUACAUCUCUAGGUUUUGCUGAGAUCAAUUUCCUGAAAUUUACUCCACAGGAACUGGGUGAUUUGUGGAUUCCACUUCAAGGAAGACUGGCACAAGCUUGCCAAUCAAAGCUGCACCUGAGGAUAUUUCUGACAAAUACAAAGGGCCCUGAUGUCAUUACUCAGUACAUAACAAAGAUGGAAAAGGAAGUGGGAAAGAAGAUUGCUAGGCGCUCACCUCAGACAAACUCAACAUUCCAGAAGCUCUUUGGACUUCCACCUGAGGAAUUUCUAAUUAACGAUUUCUCUUGCUACUUGAAACGUAAAAUGCCUCUUCAGGGACGGUUAUUCCUGUCUGCAAGGAUGCUGGGUUUCUAUGCAAACCUCUUUGGGCAUAAAACAAAAUUCUCCUUCCUGUGGGAAGAUAUAGAGGAGAUAAAAGAGUUGGCUCCUUCCUUGGCAUCAAUGGGCAGUCCAUCUUUGGUCAUCUUCCUUCGCAAAGGCAGGGGCCUUGAUGCUAUUCAUGGUGCGAAGAACAUAGAUGACAAAGGGAGGCACAAGUUUUAUUUUCAGUCCUUUGUUUCAUACAAUAAUGCCUGCAGGACAAUUAUGGCACUAUGGAGGAAUAGGGCCUUGAGUCUCGAGCAGAAGAUGCAAAUAGUAGAUGACGAGGAACCAACAGACUCAGGAGACCGCCAAAAUGAUGAUUCUGGAUCCUUUUUGGGAGUGGAAGAGGCUAGCAUGACUAAAGUUCAUUCAGGAACAUUGCCUGUUAGUGUUGAUUCAUUCAUGGAGUUGUCUGAGGGUGCUCUCUUAGACAAGAAGAUAAUGGAGAAAUCUGGUUGCCUUAACUACAGAACGACACCUUGGGAAAUUUCCAAGCCGAAAGUAUUCCAGAGACAAUGCUGGUACAAAUUCAAUAGACAUGUUUCAGGGUUUGGUGUGGGGGUUACAAGUACUCAGCAAAAGUCAAUGAAUGAUAAUGGAAAUGGAUGGACUAUUGAGGAAGUUCUAACCCUUCAUGGUGUCCCAUUUGGUGACCAUUUCCAGCUCCACGUAAGGAAAGAGUUUGAGGAUGGGUUCUCUGCAUCAGAAGAAUGCAACUUCAGAGUGUAUAUGGGCAUCUCAUGGCUUAAGAGCACCACAUUUCAGAAGAGGAUUACACAGAACAUAUUUGAAAAGUUUACUGACCAUUUGAAGGAAAUAACGCAUUUGGCAGAGAAGGAAAUUCUUGCAAUUAAGAACCAAAGUGCUGGCACCUAACGGACUGAAAGUAAUAUAUGGGAAGUAUCUGCUAUGACUGCUGCUGCUGUCCAGGUUACAACAAAAGGCCAAUGAAAUGGGCUUGCACCAUUGGUUUUUCUUGCCUUUCAAUUUGAGGAUUGGGUACAGUUCAAAGGUUGGUUGAUAAUAUUUCUUGGAAAUGGCAGAUUCCUUAUGUAGGAAGAACAUAUCUUUUCUGUGGUUAAAGGUGCCUAUUGAGAACUUUUUAUUUGAUUUGUUCUUUCAUUUGGUCCAUUUAUUAAACAGCCACAGAUUCAAUUACAAUGAGAAACCAAUCAGUGGCCAUCCAGUACUUUGACCCAAUUGGAACAAUAACUUCAUGUUUAGUGAGGUCAUUUUUGGUUUUCUGGCAAAGAUCAAUAAUAAGCUGACCAAUUUGGUCCGUUUAUUAAACAGCCACAGAUUCAAAUGCAAUGAGAAAUCAUUCAGUGGCAAUCCAGUACUUUGACCCAAUUGGAACAGUACUUCAUAUUUAGUGAGGCCAUUUUUGGUUUUCUGGCAAAGAUCGAUAACAAGCUGACCAAAGAGUUGCUGUUGUAAGCAAAGAAUCAGUUUAUGGCACCCUUUCCCUGUGGUGAUAAUCACCCAACCCAGAAACUGAAAACCUGAAAGAUUAGCACAGCUGAUAUGCCAAAAGACAAGAACCUGCACAAGAACCUGCAUAUUUUGUAAGCUGUACAUAUAGGCUUGAAAUUGUGAAUGGAAAUUUCUAAAAUUCAAAGUGAGCCAUUGAGUAAUUUAAGAUCAAUUGGAAAUUCUGCACAAUAUAGGUGAAGCACCAGAGGAGUUGAGCAUCUACAAUUGGGGUUUGGAACCUUAAGGUUAACAGGCCACUGUAUUCCUAUUUAUUGCCUUCAUUUGGUUGAUCAGCUGUCAUCAAAGAAUCAUAUUCAACAGGCAAACUCAGGGAACAAUAAAAUAUGCAAACGUUUUUUAGGAUUAUUAAUUUAUUUAAAGAAUUGAUGAGGGAACGCUGAGAUUCUUACUAUAUUUCAUUGUUUAUGGAUAAGAUUAUUUGAAAAAAAAUCAGAAGCAUUUGUACU